CACAGUUUUGUUUAUCUUUUGAUUUUUACUUCCUUAAAAAUUUUCUUUUCUAGAGAGAGAAAAUCCAAGAAAGUAGAGAGAGAAACAAAAGCAAAAAGAAAGAAACUUUCUUUAUUGCCCGUACCUUUAUUUAUUGCACAUUUUCUUGCUUUUUCUUUGGUUCCAGUUCUUUCUACAGAUUGGAGAGUUAGUUUAUGAUUGAUGUUGUGGAGGAGGAGUUGAGAUAAUUAUUAGAUGAAGAGAUCUGGUAAAGUUGAGGAGUACUUCAAUUUGGAGAUCUAUUUAAAGGCCUUUUUUGGGUUUGUUUUGAUCUACUCAGCUGCAAUUUCCUUUGGAGAUACUAAUCCUACUGAUGUUGCUGCAAUUAAUAGCUUAUACACUUCACUGGGAUCUCCUGUGCUGCCCGGAUGGGUUGCCGCUGCGGGAGAUCCAUGUGGCGAACCGUGGCAAGGUGUUGCCUGUGAGCUUUCAGACAUAACGUCCAUAGUUCUAAAUGGAGCUAAUUUGGGAGGAGAACUUGGUAAUAGCUUGGGCAUGUUCACUUCUAUCAGAUCAAUAGAUCUAAGCAACAACCACAUUGGGGGAAGCAUUCCAUUAAAUCUGCCCAUUACUUUGCAGAACUUUUUCCUUGCAGCAAAUAAUUUUACUGGAAGUAUCCCAGAUUCAAUCUCAUCUCUGACUUUGCUAACAGCCUUGUCUCUGAAUAACAACUUCUUAAGUGGAGAGAUACCAGAUUCUUUCCAGUCCCUUGCAGGAUUGAUCAAUCUAGACUUAUCCAGUAACAAUUUCAGCGGGCAGCUACCUCCUUCAUUUGAAAAUUUGAUUGGUCUGACAACCUUACGUUUGCAGGAUAAUCAGCUGUCUGGGACCCUUGACGUUCUUCAAGAUCUUUCAUUGAGAGAUUUGAAUAUUGAGAAUAACCUGUUCUCAGGACCCAUACCUGAUAAACUACUGGCCAUUCCAAAUUUCAGAAAAGACGGGAACCCAUUCAAUGAUACUGCCUCUCCAUUACCUGCACCGGCAUCCCCACUGAUGCCGCCAUCAUCACCAAGGAUCCAUGGAGCACCAUUUUCACCAUCUACACCUUCAUCUGGAAAAACACCUAGCAAACCUGUUGACGGGCCGACUUCGCCAAAGGAAUCAAGUUCUGGAGGAAAAAAAUUUCUAACUACUAAAAGAGUUGUUUGGAUAUCAAUUGGUGGUGUAAUAUUGUUUAUAAUUUUGGUAAUAGCACUGGUGCUUUUUAUGCCAAGAUGUAGCAGAAGAAGGCAUGAGGCUAGUAGAAUUUUCAAGCGGCAUCAAGUUGGUGCAUUUAAAGGCAACAGAGAGAAUCCAAGGGACCAUGGGUCCUUGGACCGACCGACUACUGAAACAGAAAAAGUUCCAAAGGAGGCUGUGGUACGAGCUAAGGAGAAUAAUUCAAAGCCUGAAGUUGUGCACGAGAGAAAUAUGCCCAGAAUACCAAAGCGGGAUGAUUAUGCCAUAGAUAUAAGCAGAAUGGAUUCAUUUUUCAUGGACCCCCCUCCACCACCUCCACCUCCACCGCCUCCUCCUCCACCUCCUCCUCCACCACCUCCUUCCCUACCUUCAGUGGAGAAGGUCAUUGUUACACCUGUUGUUCCUACAGAAGCAAGCACCACAAAAUCUCCUACUAAAGUUCAAAACCCCCUCACUUCUGCUAGGUCAUUCACCAUUGCAUCCCUUCAACAAUACACCAAUAGCUUUUCUCAAGACAAUCUCAUUGGAGGAGGCAUGCUGGGAAAUGUUUACAGGGCAGAGCUUCCUAAUGGGAAGCUUCUUGCUGUCAAGAAACUGGACACGAGGGCCUCAAGCCAGCAGAAAGACGAAGAAUUUAUUGAACUGGUUAACAAUAUUGAUAGGAUCCGACAUGCUAAUGUUGUUGAGCUCAUGGGUUAUUGUGCAGAGCAUGAUCAAAGGCUUCUAAUCUAUGAAUAUUGCAGUAAUGGGACAAUGCAGGAUGCACUCCAUUCGGAUGACGAAUUGAAGGAGAAGCUUUCGUGGAACACCCGCAUACGGAUGGCACUUGGAGCUGCCAGAGCUUUAGAGUAUUUGCACGAAGUCUGUCAUCCACCUGUUGUGCACAGAAAUUUCAAAUCUGCCAACAUUCUCCUUGAUGAUGAUCUUGAUGUGCGCGUCUCAGAUUGUGGUUUGGCUCCACUUAUAUCAUCAGGCUCUGUUAGCCAGUUGUCAGGGCAUCUGCUAACAGCUUAUGGUUAUGGGGCUCCUGAAUUCGAGUCGGGAAUUUAUACCGUCCACAGUGAUGUUUUCAGCUUCGGAGUAGUUAUGCUAGAACUCUUGACAGGACGAAAAUCCUACGACAGAACACGAAAUCGAGGUGAACAGUUUUUGGUAAGAUGGGCAAUCCCUCAGCUUCAUGACAUUGAUGCAUUAUCCAAGAUGGUUGAUCCUUCUCUCAAUGGACAAUACCCUGCCAAAUCAUUAUCGCACUUCGCGGACAUUAUUUCUCGAUGUGUCCAGAAUCAGCCAGAAUUCAGGCCGCCAAUGUCUGAAGUUGUCCAGGAUCUGACGAACAUGAUUCGUAGAGAACGACCUAGCAACGAGUCAAUUGGCGACUGACUGAAACUAUUAAGUAGUGCUCCUCAUCUAAGCUUGUGCAUGUAAAGUGCUGAAGUUCAACUCAAGAAGAUGGAUCUGAUCUACUGUAAACAAAAUUCCAAUUGCUAACACAGCCAGAACUGUUCAGAUCUCAGUUUCAUACUCAUAUUUGUUCAAGAAAAACAGCCUGCCAUCACCGAACCGGCUGCAAAAAAUGGAACAAACCAAUUCUUGUGAAAAAUUAUUUGUGAUGCUUGUUGAUUAGAAUUAUACAAUGAUGUGGAAAUUUGAUAACCCCUGAUUGUUUUGUAUUUAUCAUUUGUUGGUAAUUCUUGAUAGUGAGAUUUUGGUUGUAAUGCACCAUCUAAUCUUAAAACAUACUAUUAUUUGAUAUUGUA